AUGCUUCUUAGAAUAUUUGCUUUUCUCAUCACCGAAGCCAUCGCUUCAUUUUUGCGGGUGGAGACCGGGCAUCGGAGUAUCGAAAUUGACGGAAGAGAUCCAUAUUAUGGCCAUUAUACCCGAGUCGUUUUCACCGAUCAGACUUGCAUCCGAGCUGUCACCAUUCAUUGUCUCGUCCCGUUAACUGGAGCCGAGGAAAUCGAUCUCCUCUACACAAACUGUGAAAAUGGUCAAUGGAGAGUGGCUCAUUACAACAACAAAGAGGAGAGAUUUUAUUUGAAGGAGCAAAUCCAGGCAAAACAACUUUCGGUCACUUCAAGAAUUCCUCUGUCUAUUGUUGACCUUCAAGUUGAGCCCUGCUCACCCGGCACUUUCAAACAAGCCGAUCCCCUCGAAAAGCAUUCAUUUCAUUUGAACAACAGUCCCUACCAAAUGACGGAGAAUUUAACAAUUGAAAAGGACGAAUUUGCCUCAAUCGAAGCAGGCGUUCAACUCUUUUUCCCUCCAAAUACCGGCAUUUUCGUUUACGGCACUUUGUAUAUAAACGGAACCGACAAGAAACCGGUCUACUUGGAAGCGAUUGACGAGAAAAAGCCAUGGAUUGGGAUGAUCAUCUCGAGUGAAACUCCAUCCACUUUUUCGUAUCUGAAUCUAAGUGGAUCGGUCUACGGAAUAACAGUGAAAAACUCGCCAGCUUUUCCGAUUUUCGAUCACGUUGUCGCUGACAGCAAUCAAAAUGGAUUCACUUUUGAUGUCGAUGAGUCAAUCGGCUCCGAUGAAACCCCGAUUCGUGUCUACAAAACGUCAGCCGUUAACUCGCUUCAGAAUGGCUUCACCAUCAAUGGAAAGGUGGAGAAU